AUGUCUUCCUCGGGUUCAGAGAACCGGGGCAACCUGCUCCUCCUCGUAAGAGACAACUUUUCCAUAUCGACAUGGCUGGCUAUCGGAGCUCUGGUUCAAUCUGCCGCUUACUCAUUACUCGGACGAACAGCUUUCCUCCCAGCUGUUUGCUUGUUGCUGUAUCGUGUGGCAGAUGCAUAUGCCAUCACCACUGGCCUCAAACGUAACCAUUACCUGGACGGUGUGAUUAUGGAUCACUACUCUGCUCAGUUGCCUGGAGAGGCGACAGGUGGUGUUGAGUCUCCAGCAGAGUCGGAUGUGUGUGUAUUCAUGAUCGGAUCCAAAGUCAACCAGUAUGUGAACCCUUUCCUUGCGCAAGCUAUGGUAUUGACCACUCUCAUAGCCNCCUUUGGACUUUUCGCACCUGGCUACAAAGAGUUGGGCUCACAGUUCGCCACCAUGGUCAAGGAGAUCGAAGGUAAGCAGAUCCAUCUUUGUUUAGUGAACAGUGACUUACCAGUAUAUCAGNCAAACAAGGAAAAGCACGGCUUCUUGGGAUCAAGGAGUCUAGUUGGAGCCGAAUCUGCUACGAACAAUGAAACAAUGACGAUCAUGUACUUCAAGUCGUCCGAGCACAUCCAGGCAUACGCGACCGGACCACUUCAUCGCAAGUCAUUGGUGUGGUGGGCCAAGCACGCAGCUGAGUAUCCUCACCUGGGUAUCUUCCACGAGACGUAUCAGGUGCGAGCCAAGAACUGGGAGACAGUGUAUGCGCAUACGAAGCCGAUGUUGGCGGGAGCAAUCCAGCACAAGGUGCAGGGAAGCUUCUCGGAAAAGGGCGAAGAGGAAGCAGUCUACAAGCACUCGCUGGUAUAUGCUAAGGGUGUUUUGAAGACAGCGCUUGGACGUAUGGGUAGACUGCCGGGCACUUUCGAUCGAAGCGUGCUGGAGGUGAAGGAGGCUGGAGAGGCAGGAGCCAUGUCGGUCUGA